AUGACCGUCUACUGUCGCGAACUUUCUAGUUGCGAAUUUGCGCUCUCGUGUCCCGAGAUGACGUCACCUCCAAUGGAAUUACCGUACCUGUGGCGAAUCAAGUUCACAUUGCUGUUGCGAAUUUGCGCCCUCGUGUCCCGAGAUGAUGUCACCUCCAACGGAAUUACCGUACCUGUGGCGAAUCAAGUUCACAUUGCUGGUGCAACUAAAUCGCAUUCAAAGAAUGCUUUCGAGAAUGUGUUUGGACCAGACGCUGCACAGGAGAGGAUCUGCUCGAGUACUUUACCAGAACUUGUACAGGGUGUGUUCAGCGGACAAGACUGUGCAUUGAUCGCUUUGGGUGGGAAAUCAAGAGGUAAGAACUCGAUCUUUACAAAAUUUCAAACGAUUUUUGACCCAAUGCGCUUUCCAUGA